AUGGCCGCCAGCUGCGCGCCCCUCGGCGUGCGCCCCCGCGUGCAGAUGCCGUGCUUGAGCAAGAUGGAGCGGGUGGUCGUGAGCAUGCAGGACCCCGACCAGGGCGUGAAGAUGCGGAACCAGCGCCUGCUGGUCACCGUCAUUCCGCACGUCGUGACCGGCAAGGACCUUGUGGACUGGCUGAUGCAGAAAUUCUCCGUCUCCGAGGAGGAGUCCCUGCACCUGGGAACCCUCCUGGUCCGAUACGGAUACAUUUACCCGCUUCAAGACCCCCACUGCCUCAUCCUCCGACCCGACCAGACCCCCUACAGGUUCCAGACGCCGUAUUUCUGGACAAGCAGUCUGUCUCCAGCAGCAGAGCUGGACUAUGCCAUCUAUCUGGCCAAGAAGAACAUCCGCAAACAUGGGGUCCUGCUGGACCAUGAAAAGGCCCACUACGACCAGCUGCACAAGAAGAUCAGCCACACGUGGGAUCUGGUGCUGAUGCAGGCCCGGGAGCAGCUGCGGGCAGCCAAGAGGCGGCGCAAGGGUGACAGGCUGGUGGUCGCCUGCCAGGAGCAGACGUACUGGCUAGUGAACAGGCCCCCGCCCGGGGUCCCCAGUGUGCUGGAGCAGGGUCCAGAGCGGGGCGUAGGCAGCCCCAGCCGAGUGCAAAUGACAAAGAACUCGGACUUCUACAGGCGGGAGGUGGAGCGCUGCCGACUGGCUCUGGGCAGGAACCGGGUCAAGUCCUCUGUCUGCAUGGAGGCGUACCUCAGGUUCAGCAGCCAGUAUGGGCCCCACGACCCCAUCAUGGCAGGGUGCCUCCCGAGCAACCCCUGGAUUACAGACGAUGCGGCCUACUGGGCCCUGAACGCACCCACGGUGGCCGUGCCCACGAGGCUACGUGUGGCACGAUGGGCCUUCAGCUUCUCAGAGCUCCUGGAGGACCCCAUGGGGCGUGCCCAGUUCAUGGAAUUCCUCGGCAAGGAGUUCAGCGCCGAGAACCUCAGCUUCUGGGAGGCCUGUGAAGAGCUGCGCUGUGGUGGCCAGGCCGGCGUCCCUGCCCUGGUGGAUACCGUGUACCAGCAGUUCCUGGCGCCCGGGGCAGCCCGCUGGGUCAACAUCGACAGCCGGACCAUGGAGCGGACAUUAGAGGGGCUGCGCCGGCCGCAUCGCUAUGUGCUGGACGAUGCUCAGCUGCAUAUCUACAUGCUGAUGAAGAAGGACUCCUACCCCCGGUUCCUCAAGUCCAACUUGUACCAAGCGCUGCUGGAGGGGGCUGUGGUUGCCCCCGAGGCCAAGAGACGUGUGUUCCCAUUCAUGAGGAAGCCUCGCUGCUCCAGCCCCACCCUCCUGCCUGCUUCUGGGGAGCCCAGAGGAGCUGCCCCUGAGGGUGGGGAUGGGGAGGCCUAGGUGAGGGUAGCUAUUGGGCCCCUGGCCUUCUCCCAGGCAGCCCUCUCUGCCCAAUGCCCCGUGGGCCCUAGCACUCACGGUCCACCCUCCUGGUCUCAACUCCUUCCAGGUUCAAUUCCCAGGGGGAGGUACUGCACUGGACUGGGGGUGGGUGGGCUGAGUACAUCCUCAGCCACUGGGGGCCUGCACCCUGGGCCCACUUACCCUCCCUGAGAAGGGGGCUCGUGAGCCCUGGGUACCUACAGACUCAGGAUCACUAGGCCAGUCCGGACUCUAGGCCACUGACACACAGCCAGUGGUGGUACCCACAGGGAAGUUGGCAUCGAGCCAGGCCCACGCACAGUCUGCCUGCACUGUCCUCUACUGACUGAAGUCUCAAGCCGGUUCUGAAGACACCCAGCUUACGGUGACCCUGCAGCUGCCUAAGGUCCCAGCUCUGCCCCAGCAUGACCCCUAGCUGUCCAGGGUCCUAGGUCCAAGUCCGUGGUCCCUAGUUGCUCACACUGCAGGCUCUGCACCCAUGACCCCUAGCUGCCCAGGGUCCAGCAGGAUGUGCCCAUAACCCUAUAGACGCCCCGCAGAUCUGCAUACAGAUGGCUCUGCUGGCUGACCCCCAGAGGAGCACUGGGCAGGUCUCUGCCGAGAGGGGCAGUGCCUUUGUGGUAGUGGACCUCAGGUGCUCAGUCCCUCCUCUCAGACACGGCCCAGAGGGCCUGCCCUUCCCCAAGAAAUAAAUGACCUUGGCACAGG